GUAUAUAACUUUAUUAAGAAGUGGACUGUUAAUAUCAUGGAGAAAAAGAACAUUAAUUCCUUUAUGUUUAGGGUAAUUCACAAUUCCCCACUUAAACUUUAAAACCAAGUAAUUUUUCCCUUUAUGUUUCGAAAAUAAGCAAAUAUCCCGUUCCAUUACUCUCAAUUAAAUAUUAAUGGAAUCUUUUGAUUCUAGGAUAUUUCAUUGUAUAAUGUCUAAAAUAACCCAAGUAAAUAUUUAAAUGCCAAAAAUACCCCUAGUAAAAAAUAUUUGAUCAGAGAGAAAUUAAGAAUUAAAGAGAAGUUGUUGACCAUGGAGAAUUAAAAAUGGUGUGGAACCUAAUUUCUCCAUUGCAAUUCUUAGAGUCAUUAAGACAACGCAAAUAUGAGAUAUACACACACACACAGAGUUGAUUUUGCAUGUUUUGUGUAGGAAGGGGAAUGGUUGUAAAAGAGUUUAGAAUCUGUUUGGUUGGGGUGAAAACAAGAGGGAUAAAAAUGGGAGAGAGAAAAUAGUUUUUUGGGUUGUUUGGUUGAGGUGGAAAGUUGGAGAGAUUUGAUAUCCCUCCACUUUUCCAUCCCCUAAACACAUUUUGGUUAUAGUUAUGUCAACAUAUGAAAGUCUAUUGCACCACUUUUCCAUUCCCUAUACACAUUUUGGUAAUAGCCAUGUCAACAUAUGAAAGUCUAUCCCCCUACUUUUGCAUCCCCCAAACACAUUUUGGUAACAGUCAUGUUAACAUUUGAAAAAUUGGGAUAAACCCAUAAAUGUUAUAAUUAAAAAAAAUAAAAGACUUCAUUAAAAAAAGGUUUAUUGAGUCUAAGAAAAUUAUAGGCAGCUCAACAUCAUAAUGGGGAAAAAAUGUAAUUGUCAACCUAUAUGCUAAUUAAGAAGGAGAAAGACUAGGAGAGAUAUGCUCAAUUUCUAUCGUAUUGGUUAUUAGGAGGAGAAAUUAUUAGGUUUACUGGAAGGAUCACUUCACCAAUUCUUCCAAUCAAUGACACCAUGUUACCUCUUCCUCAAAAAAAAAAAAAAAAAAAAAAAAAAAAAAGACACAAUGGUACGUAUGCUUUUUAAUCAGCUUUUUAAUUAGUAUAAAAAAUUAACAAAAAUCACUAGGUGAUGUCAAAUUUGUAUAAGUGGUAGCGUUUUUUGAUUGGAAGUACCAUUUUAACAGCCCUACGAUGGAUCUAAUAAUUUCUCCAUUAUUAUUGUAGUAGGAAAAUAAAAUCAUUAUUAGUGUAGUUGGAAAAUAAAAUCAUUAUUAAAGGAACACAUGUCAUCCCUGGAUGCAUAUAUGCAAAUUUCUUCAUGCAUAUACGCCAAAUUUCUAGCUGAAAUGUCAGCUUAAUAGCUAAACAACACCAAUAAUAAUAAAUGCACCAAAUGCAACCCAUUUCCAUGUUAGACAAAUGGCAAGGAUAGUUUGCAUGAUUCACAUAUGGCUGUGGUUAGUACAUAAAUUUUUGAAUAAAGUAAUCAAUUUCACAUUGGUGCCAGCGACACUUAACAAAAUACACUGUUUGUAUAUAAUCAAUUGCGAAGAAGAAGAAGAAGAAGGGAUUGCUUAUUUAUCAUCUUUGUACUUCUUUAUAUAUAAGAGAUUUCUUAUUUUUCCCUCAUUUGUAAGUUCUCUUACACUCUUUUAUCUCCAAUUCAUAGCCCCUAUUCCAAAGCCAUGGAAUCCCCAUUACAAAAUUCAGCCAUGUUUUUCUUUCUUCUCUCUUUGUUAUGUUUCGUGGUUUUCUUGUUUCAGCUAUCUAGAAAACUCUCUCCUUACCCACCAGGCCCAAAAGGGCUACCCAUCAUUGGCAACAUGUCGAUGAUGGCCCAAUUGACUCACCGUGGCCUAGCCCAGCUUGCUAAGCAAUAUGGUGGGCUCAUCCAUCUCAAAAUAGGCCUGCAUCACAUGGUGGUCGUAUCAACUCCAGACAUGGCCCGUGAAGUCCUACAGGCCCAAGACAGUGUCUUCUCAAACAGAUCCUCGAGCACCGCCAUUAAAUACCUUAGCUAUGAUGGGGCAGACAUGGCCUUUGCCAAUUACGGCCCAUUUUGGCGUCAAAUGCGUAAGAUAUGUGUCAUAAAACUCUUUAGCCGAAAACGACUCGAGUCUUGGGUCUCUGUACGAGACGAGAUCAACACGAUGGUCCAAACCAUUGUGACCAAAACUGGGUCACCCAUUAAUCUCUCUAAGCUGGCUUUAAGUCUUACCAGCCACAUUAUCUAUAAGGCAGCGUUUGGUUCCAACUCACAUGAAGGAGAAGAGGGCCAAUUUGAGAAUAUUUUGCGAGAAUUCUCGAGGCUUUUCGGUGAGUUUAACAUUGCUGAUUUUAUACCAUGGUUGGGUUGGAUUCAUGCAAAAGAAUUCAAGAAAAGAUUGGUUAAUGCAAGAAGGGAACUUGACGUGUUCAUUGAUAAGGUCAUCGAUGAACACUUGGCCAAAAAGAGCAACAAGAAUAGCAAGGAUGAGAAUGAGGCUGCAGCUACAGAUAUGGUGGAUGAACUAAUAAGUUUCCUUGAUGAAGGUGCUCAUGAGAACAAGUUCACAGACUCGCUAUCCACCGCUAAGCUCACUAGAGAUAACAUCAAAGCUCUUAUCAUGGAUGUUAUGUUUGGUGGAACCGAAACUGUUGCUACAGCGAUUGAGUGGGCAAUGGCAGAGCUAAUGAAGAACCCAAAAGAGCUCAAGAAGGUUCAAGAAGAGCUCUCAAAUGUCGUAGGCUUGUACCGUAGAGUCCAGGACUUCGACCUCGAAAACCUCACGUAUUUGAAGUGCACACUCAAAGAAACUCUUCGUCUCCACCCUCCAAUCCCCGUCCUCCACCAUGAGACUGCCAAGGACGCCGUGUUAGCUGGGUAUCCAAUCCCAGUUGGCUGGCGCGUGGUGAUCAAUGCGUGGGCUAUUGGGCGGGACGAGACGGUGUGGGAUGAGCCAAACCCAUUCAAGCCCUCGAGGUUUUUGGAACAAGGUGCUAAGGAUUUUAAGGGAAAUGAUUUUGAGUUUAUUCCAUUUGGGUCAGGAAGGAGGUCUUGUCCAGGCAUGCAACUAGGGUUUUAUGCAUUAGAGAUGAGUGUGGCAGAGCUUGUUCAUUGUUUUACUUGGGAGUUACAUGAGGGAAUGAAGAGUAGUGAACUUGAUAUGAGUGAUUCAUUUGGACUCACUGCUCCAAAAGCUGUUCCUCUUGUUGCCGUGCCGAGUUAUCGCCUAAAGUAUUGAUACUUGUAUCUACUUGGAUGUGGUUUGGAGUCCUCUAUUUUAGGUGAUCGUUAUUAGUGUCCUCUGUUUUAGGUGGUGUUUGUUAUUAUCUUUGGGAAGAUCUCUAUUGUAACGUUAGGAUUGUUGGUUAGUUUGGAUUGUUUUUCAAUUAUUAGUGAGUCCCUAGCAUGUUGGGUUGUUGUGCCAUAGUAUCCCUUCAUAUUAGGAAGAAGUCCUUGUAUUUUGUUUUUGUUGUUAUCAAUUGCUGUAUUUAAGCAGUAAGAAAAUAAUGAAUAAAUCUUCAAAGAAUUAAUUUUGAGGCAAGUCUCAAGAGGUUAGGGUUUCCUCAAUUAAAACCAAUUCUUAUCCUUAUUUUCUCUAUUGUUAUCACCAAAGAACCAUCAUAGGUAAGGAUACUGUCUUAUACAUACCAAAGUGGUAUCAGAGCUUAGGAAUGGACUAGAGGGUGGAGCAGUUAGAACAGAGUGUGAGUUCUCUUGUUAGCAACCAGAAACAGAUAAUGGAAAAAUUAACAGAGAUUUGUGCCAAGCUUGGAUCACUGUCUUCCAGUCGAGAAGAGGGAGAGAGCUCCCAAAACCGCAAUGGCAAGCGGCUAGAAGGAAGAGUGGCCACCGAGGGUGGUCAUUCUGGCGAAAGUAAUCAUUCAUAUGCUCCUCGUUUGGUGAAACUUGACUUUCCUAGAUUCAAUGGAAUUGAGGAUCCCACGAGUUGGAUA